UCGCUUUCAAAACUGUUUGGUUUUUAUAUAGUAUUUUAAUCGUUUUAAACAUGAAUCGCGCCGGAUCGGGAUUUCAGUUAGCUUUUCUUUUCGUACUUGUGUGUAGUCUAGAUUGGUCGCUUGCCUUUAAGUGUAACACUAAAAUCAAUAAGACUCUCUUGGAGAACCAAAUAUGCGACGGCGUAGUCGAUUGCUUGGGAGAUGAAAAUUCCGAUCAGCCAGAUGAAAGGUUUGAAUUAUGUUAUAGCAAGGUCUGCGAGGACGAGAGUUUUUAUCGCUGCACCUAUGGAGGGUGCUUAAAUGGAACUUUGAAAUGCGAUGGAAAGAUUGACUGUUGGGAUGGCAGCGACGAAAAUAAAUUCGAAUGCUUGGAGGAUGCCAAUCUACAAAAUGAGUACGAAGACCUCAAAGGGGGUUGUGUAGAUGAGGAUUUGUUCGAUUGCAAGGGGUCCUGUCUGAACUGGAGUCAGGUGUGCGAUGGACUGGCGGAUUGCAAGGACGGCAGCGAUGAAGACCCCACACUUUGCACGGCAUUCGAGUGUCCGCCACCGGCAUUCAGAUGUCUUUACGGUGCCUGUGUUAGUCCGAAAGCUGUGUGUAAUCACAUUCCCGAUUGCCUAGAUGGCUCCGAUGAGAUGGCGGAAAUUUGCAUGGCCAGGAACCCAUCCGUUGAUCACUUGGGUCAGGAUGUCAAAAACGGCUGGAAAGUGAGGCACUGCAGGCUAGAAAAUCCGUCGGGAUCCCUGGUGGUGGAAAACUACGUGGGUGGGACUACCUUUCUAAGAAACGCUUUUGUGCCCGACAAGACCGUCGUUCAUCUAAGCUGCCGCAAUGGAUAUGGUCUGAUCGGCGAGGAGAAGAACAUUUGCGACGCAGACCAGUGGCGGUAUCCCUUAGCCAGCUGCGUGCCCCAGUGCAAGCACGUCGGUAAACUAAGCCACACGAGGCAGUGCUUUCUGCCUACUGGCCCGAUCGACUGCGAUCAGUCGUUGCUGCCAAUGCUCACUAUAAUGUCGGUCACCUGCUCGUCCGGGUAUGAAAAAACCGGAGAUGAUGGUUGGCAGUUCUGCAACAAAACCGGAGGUUGGGUAAUUUUUGGUAACAAUGAGCUGCCGACCUGCGAGCCGAUCUGUGGUGUUUGGAAGCUGAAAAACGCUACAGCAUCGUCGUCUCCUCCAUGGUUGAUGAAUGUUUUUCAGAGAGGUCACAAACCUGAGUUUACGGCUGUCUGCAUCGCUACCAUCGUGUCGCCGUAUAUUGUGGUGACCACGGAGCGCUGUUUCGGUGAGGUGUCCAUCAAGAGCGUGGCAUCCACGGAACCUGUGCUCUAUACUGUCGCCGAGGGGGAAAUCUACGGUAACAGCUUCUUGGCCCACGAACCCCAUCCGUAUAAGCUGCAUAACGUAUCCUAUAUACACUAUGUUAGGGUAUCAGAUGGAAAGAAUGCAGGUACUUUGGCCCUGGUGCACUUGGUGCAGCCCCUAGAGUUCCACAUGAAGUUGAGACCCGUCUGUCUUACGGAAGAAGUUACUGACAACUGGGUAACCGUCGGAAAUUUCAAAGGUGUUAGAGCGGGCCAGCCAAACAUCGAUGAUAGGAGGCAACCAGAUCGCCACGAGCUUAAGGAAGUAAUUAUCGAUGAGCGUAUGAAAUACCAUAUAAGUGUGUUUAAACAGGACAUCCUGAAUGAUAUUGCCGAGACACAUGCAAAGGAGAACAUUUAAUUCACUUUAUUACGGGUUGAGUUUGUGGUUAGUCGAAAAUCAAUUUACAUCAACUGAGGAACACACAUCUACUAUUGACAAUUAUAUAAGUACGUAUGCAUAUUCAGCUGGAUAUCCAAUCCAAGUCCAACCGGGAACUGUCCGUGUAUUUGCAUAUCUUAGCCAUUGAAUCGUUUUGUAAUCUGCUGUAAACGUUAGACGGUAAAACAAAUAAUCAUUUAGCUCGGCUAUCUGAAUACCCCGAAUGUUUCUAUUUAAUGCGUGUGUAUGUGGAGUGUGUGUGGUUCAAAGUUCAUUUGCUAUUCACUUAACUGUAGGUAUUUUCUUUUGUGUUCCAUUUUCGUUUUGUCUUUACAUUGAGAUUGCGUUUUGGAGUUAAACACUAGCUAUCGGUUAGUUUAACGUUAAUUUAGAUUAGGAUUAAAAUUAGAAUUACAUUAUUUAAUAAUACAUUACAUUUGAUGUUGUCAUACUCGUAUUCACGUUUAGGUUGAGUUUCUGCCAUUUAGUACGAAAUUUUAUAGGACACAUUCAGUUUGCUUAGUAACUGCAGUAAAAACGCUCUUUAAAAUGUUUGAUUUUCAUCAAUUCUCCGCUGGUUUGUUAAUUUCGAUCUCUUCAGUCUUUCCAAAAAUUAGUGCAUCUCUUUUCGGUUUUGUUUUAAUUUAUAUUUUUCGGUUUUAGCAACUGCCAACAUAUACUUAGAAAUGUUUUUUCAAAAUAGUUUUCAUCUAUCGCAUAGUUUCAUUUAUAGUUGUAAACACAUUUGAUUUUUUUGAAUUCAUUUUGCAUUUUGUGUUUCGUUUUUCGAGGAGAUUCUCUCGGAAAUAUCUGUAUUUAAUACGAUACACCUAAACAAAUAUAUAUGAGGAUUUGUAUUUAAAUGUACGUUACGUUUUCUUGUAAGUUCCUUUAGGUGAUGUUGUAUAUCUAUGUACAAAUAUAUCGGCUCAGUGAGCAGUUUUUGAUGUCUGCUUCAAAA